CUUUUAUAACAUUUGAAAAUGAGGAAGAUAUGAUCAAUGCGAGCACAACCAAACUAAUUUUGGAUAAUCAUCAACUGGAAUGGAUUAGUAGCAACACCAAAACUUUUUACUACUGCCAUAGUUCGACUCACACAAUUUCAAAAUGCCCUACAAAACCAAUAAAUUAUAACAAAAAUGAACGCAAUAACAAUAUGCCCAAUAGUUCACAACUAAAAGAAUUAAACGACGAAACAGAGUUGGAUGAAAAUAGCUCGUACACAUUUGACACCAUUAACAAAUAUAAUUCCAAUCUCCAAUCUAAUUAUAAUUUACAGAACAACAAAGAAAAACCAUCUUACGCGCAAGCUGUAAAACAAAACUACAAAAAAUAUAACAAUAAUUUCAACAAUCGCUUUAAUGAAAUAGAAAAUCAAAUUGCAACAAUUACAACUAAAUGCAAUAAUUUUAUUGAUAAAAUUAACAAAUCAUUCAAUGAACACAUAGUCAAUCUUGAAACGCCAUCUGUAGACUCAAUCAAUAACAAUAUGGAACACAAACUUAAUAUUCUUCAAAUAAAUGUCAAUAAUAUUGAUUCAACAUUCGAUAACUUAAGCUUCUUAUUGGAAAGA